UUAAAAUGAACAUUUUCAAGCAGCUGAAGUGCGACAUGCUUCGCUGUCAGAGUCCAGUGAAGUACUACGUGGUCUACUCCAGCGAAUACAUCUGCGGAGAGUGCAAAGAGAUCACCUACUCAGACCAUGAAGUCAAACCCCUUGCUGUUCCACAAGAAAUCAACUGUUCUUUGCAGAUAGUUGAAUGAAACAUAGAAACAAUAGAAUUGCUACUCGUACAUAAGCCCACCCUCCAGUAUAAGUGGGAACAUUUGAUGGAAUCUUUCAAAGACUUCAAGGUCAGAGCUACUGAGUUAAGAGAAGCCUUUCAAAAUCUCAUUACCAAAAAAUUUUGGUCAAAAAUGGAAGACAUCAAGCCUCAGAUCGAGCAACUCAAACAAGAAUGGAAGCAAAGCCCAAUACUUACUGAAAUGCUUCUGUUUAAGAACUCUGAAAGCAUCAGACUUAGAGUCAAAGGAAUUGAUGAACAAGACUCAGCUCUAAACCAGAACAUCUGCCUCAAGGCAACUUUAGAUGAAGUUAGAAGAGAGAGACUCCAGGUUGAAACAGAUCUCAACACCAAGAUCGAAAGACUAUCCAAGCAUAAUUCUGAAAUUAACAGUCAAAGGGAUCAACUACAAGAAGAAUUGGACUCCACCAAGCACAGAGCUGAACAGCUGGAAACACAGAAAAUCCAGUUGACUACUGAGCUUUGCAAAGCUGAAACACAAACAGAAGAAAAGCAAGCUCGAAUUGAAGAUAUGAAGACCAAUUAUGCUGCUUUGAAGACUAACUACGAAGAUUUGAAGACUGAAAUUUCAAAUAAAAUUGAUGAGCUUAAUGAAUCCCAAUCUCACGCAAACAAAAACAUUCAGAAAUCAUACAAAAGGAUUGAAGAGCAGGAUUCAGAUUUUCACCAAAUUGUUUUUGAAAAUCUUGAAAAUAUGGGGAUGGAUCUUGACUGGAUCAAGGUCACUCAAACCACUAACCAAAAAGAGAGUUUAGAGAAAUUAGAAGAAAUUUUUGAAGAUGAUAAUGAUUCUGAAAGCUCAGAAGAAUCAGAAGGAAUAAAACAAAAAUUAGAAUCCAUAAAAGAGGCAAUAACAAAAGGAAAUUCUCACUUAACCAGAAUGCUUACUAAAGCGUAUGUUCAGACUUACCCUUCUCUCAAAGAAUUCACAAAUCCCGAGUCCAUCGAAUUCUUAGAAAAAAUAGCUUCUCAUGAUCAAAUUUGGAUUGAAUUUGGUCCGAAUGGGGACCAGAAAGUGUUUAAGGCGAUGGACAAAAGAUUUGUUUCCCAUUUAAAGGAGAUAGAAUUGUUUUUUAUUGAUGAAAUUGAAGUUGACGCUGUCACCAACUUCCUCCAAAACUGCAUCCCAGAUUAUCUCGAAGGACUCACACUCUGGGGAAGCGAUGACUCUACUUCAAUAACUCCUUACCUUGAUUCCAUUUUAAACCUCAAGGAAAAAAUUUGGUGGGAAAUAAACUUUAACUGCUUCACAAUUACAGCCAAAGAGAAAAAACUAAUUGAUGAAACCUUUGGAUGGAUUGAAGUAAGAUAUGGAAUGUGUAAUCGAAGAUUGAUUAUGUUUAGUUGUGAAAUUUGUUGAUGAGGAUUUGAAAUCAAAAAAAUUAUUGCAAGGUAAUGUUUUUUUAAAUUGGGAUAAACAGAUUUUAAUGAAUGAAGAUGUUGAAUCUUGAGAUUUAGAUGAAAGUUCAGAUUCUGAUUUAAAAGAUUCAGAAACAAUGAUUUAAUUUGAAAAACUCAAU